AAAUGGGACUUUAAUGUGGUUUAACUGCUUUCAUUGUACAUAUAAUACACAUGUGUAAGAGCUGAAGUCGGGCUGGUGGAUUGAGUGGUAGUUUGAACGUUUAAAUUCUAGCAACACUUUAGAAAAUUAUUCUUCGUUAUUGUCACAAAUAUCUGUUCUGUCUUGUGAUUGGUUUGGGGAAAUCACAUGAUGUGGGGAAAAACAGGAAGUUGUGUAAAAGAGAAGAGUGAAGACCGAGACCGUGAGGCUCGAGUGAUAAUAAACGGACGCUGCUGGAGAGAAAUCCGUCUCCAUCCUCCUUCCUUUCCAAACUAAGAGCGAUCCAGCCACCUUAUAUCGGACCCUCACGCCUACACAUGUGAUAUCACUGGGCUGGUUGGCUGAGCCUCCUACCCGGGACUGUGAACAGGGCUGGGUCUAAAAGUACAGGCAGUAAAGGGCAGUACCGCUGUUUGUCCAGUAGACCAAGCAGGAGGACAGCACUGAUAUCAUGGAUGUAUUUUUGGUUGAACUGUUCACAGAGUGCCUGUGUGGGUUUGAAGAUUAAAGCUCCAUGAUGGAUCCUCAUAGUUCCAGCAGUGGAGGAGGAACCUCUGACCCAAAGGUAAAGCGUGCAGGAUCUCCAGAACCCAGCAGUUCGUCCGUGAAGAGGCGUCGGUCAACGUCUGAUCCGGACAGCUUCAGCAGUGACGGAGGAGCCUCUGACCCAGGAUUGCAGACUGAGAGAGCAGGUUCUCCAAUGUCCAGUUCUGUGUCUAUGAAGAGUGACCAGUCCAUGGGGGUCCCGUUUCAGUUCAGCAGAGGGGCAGAAGAGCCCAGCUCUGUGUCUAUGAAGAGUGACCAGUCCAUGCGGGUCCCGUUUCAGUUCAGCAGAGGGGCAGAAGAGCCCAGCUCUGUGUCUAUGAAGAGUGACCAGUCCAUGGGGGUCCCGUUUCAGUUCAGCAGAGGGGCAGAAGAGCCCAGCUCUGUGUCUAUGAAGAGUGACCAGUCCAUGCGGGUCCCGUUUCAGUUCAGCAGAGGGGCAGAAGAGCCCAGCUCUGUGUCUAUGAAGAGUGACCAGUCCAUGGGGGUCCCGUUUCAGUUCAGCAGAGGGGCAGAAGAGCCCAGCUCUGUGUCUAUGAAGAGUGACCAGUCCAUGCGGGUCCCGUUUCAGUUCAGCAGAGGGGCAGAAGAGCCCAGCUCUGUGUCUAUGAAGAGUGACCAGUCCAUGGGGGUCCCGUUUCAGUUCAGCAGUUCACCAGAUUCCACAGAAGCUGCACUGCAGACUCUUACACAUACACUGAGUACAGGGACUGGAGAGCUGCAGCAGGAUUCUUACCAACCAGUGGGUGAUGUCCUGCAGACAGUCUUAGAAAAACACAAAACCAGCCAGAAGAGCAAGUAUGAGAGCUUAUUUGAGGGGCUCAAAACACAAGAAAAUAAAACUCUCUUGAACAGGAUUUACACACAGCUCUACAUCGUAGAGGGAGAGAGUGAAGGAGUGAAUGAAGAACAUGAGGUUUUACAGGUGAUGAAAACAUCCAGGAAACACUUACAAGACACUCCAAUCAACUGUGUAGAUAUCUUUAAACCUCUACAAGGCCCUAACGAAAAAACUGAAGAAAAAGACAUUAAAACUAAAGUUUUCAAACACAAAGAAAAACAGAAAGAAAGAAAAAGAGAGAGAAGAACAGAAGUUCCGAAUCUCAGAGCUGUGCUGACUAAAGGCAUCGCUGGAAUUGGAAAAACUGUCUCUGUGCAGAAGUUCAUUCUGGACUGGGCUGAAGGAAAAGCCAAUCAGGAUGUAGAUUUCAUGUUUGUGCUUCCGUUCCGGGAGCUGAACCUGAUUAAAGAUGACCAAUAUAGUCUUCAUGAACUUCUGUGUGACUUCCAUCCUGAGCUCAAAGAUCUGGACCCAGAGAUUUAUGAUCAGCUCAAAGCUGUGUUUAUAUUUGAUGGACUGGAUGAAAGCAGAAUUCCACUGGACUUUGAACAGAGUGAGAAAAUAUCUGACAUCACCAUGACGUCAUCAGUGGGUGUGUUGAUGACCAACCUCAUCAAUGGAGAGCUGCUUCCCUCUGACCUCAUCUGGAUAACCUCUCGACCAGCAGCAGCCAAUCAGAUCCCUCCUAAAUACAUAGACCGUGUGACAGAGAUUCAGGGAUUCAAUGACCCACAGAAGGAGGAGUACUUCAGGAAGAAGAUUAGUGACCAAGACCAAGCCAAUAAAAUCAUCUCCCACAUUAAGGCAGCGAGGAGCCUCCAUGUCAUGUGCCACAUUCCAGUCUUCUGCUGGAUCUCAGCCACUGUUCUUCAGAAAAUCAUCAAACAACAUAACACUAAAAUCCCUAAAACUCUGACUGAGAUGUACUCGCACUUCCUGAUCACUCAGACAAACGUGAAGAAUGAGAAGUAUGAGGAGAAAGAUGAGAGAGACCCAAAGAACCUGCUGGAAUCCAACAGAACCGUUCUUCUGAAAUUGGCUGAACUGGCUUUCAAACAGCUGAUGAAGGGCAAUGUGAUGUUCUAUGAAGAGGACCUGAGAGAGAGCAGCAUUGAUGUCACUGAGGCCUCAGUGUAUUCUGGGAUUUUCACUGAGAUCUUUAGGGAGGAAUGUGUCCUUCACCAGAGGAAGGUCUACUGCUUCGUUCAUCUGAGCUUUCAGGAGUUCCUGGCCGCUGUCUUUGUACAUCACUGCUAUGAGAGCAAGAACAUGGAGAUACUUAUGUAUAUCAGACCACAACACAGUGAGUUGUCCGAAAAUGUUUCACUGGAUGAUUUGCUGGAGGGAGCAGUGGAUAAAGCCUUAGAGAGUGAGAAUGGACAUCUGGAUCUAUUUCUCCGUUUCCUGCUGGGCAUCUCAGUGGAGUCCAAUCAGAGACUUUUACAAGGUCUACUGAAACACACACGGAGUAGCUCGGAAAACUUUAGCAAGACAACGCAGUUCAUCAAACAACAAAUAGAAAGAGGGCAUCUCCCUAUUAACAGAUCCAUCAAUCUGUUUCUCUGCCUGUGUGAAAUGAAUGACCAGUCUCUCUGCAAAGACAUUAAGAAACGUCUAAGUUCAGAUGAAUCCUCAGAAAAGAAUCUCACACCUGCACAGUGUUCAGCACUAGCCUGUAUUCUUCUGAUAUCAAAAGAGGUGAUGGACGAGUUGGACCUGAAGAAAUACUGCACAUCAGAGGAGGGUUAUAAGAGGCUAUUCCCAGCUGUGAAUGUCCACAAAAAGGCUAGGCUAGCUGGAUGUGAUCUCACCAAGAACUCCUGUGAAGCUCUCUGCUCUGCUUUACAAUCAGUAAACUCUGCCCUGAGAGAUCUGGAUCUCAGUAACAAUGACCUGCAGGAUUCAGGAGUGGAGCUGCUCUCUGCUGCACUGAAAACUUCACACUGUAAACUGGAGAUACUCAGACCUCCACCAUGGGCAACUGUCUCCGCAAGACUAGCUGGAUGUCAUCUCACCAAGAACUCUUGUGAAGCUCUCUGCUCUGCUUUACAAUCAGUAAACUCUGCCCUGAGAGAUCUGGAUCUCAGUAACAAUGACCUGCAGGAUUCAGGAGUGGAGCUGCUCUCUGCUGCACUGAAGACUUCACACUGUAAACUGGAGAUACUCAGGCUAGCUGGAUGUGAUCUCACCAAGAACUCCUGUGAAGCUCUCUGCUCUGCUUUACAAUCAGUAAACUCUGCCCUGAGAGAUCUGGAUCUCAGUAACAAUGACCUGCAGGAUUCAGGAGUGGAGCUGCUCUCUGCUGCACUGAAAACUUCACACUGUAAACUGGAGAUACUCAGACCUCCACCAUGGGCAACUGUCUCCGCAAGACUAGCUGGAUGUCAUCUCACCAAGAACUCUUGUGAAGCUCUCUGCUCUGCUUUACAAUCAGUAAACUCUGCCCUGAGAGAUCUGGAUCUCAGUAACAAUGACCUGCAGGAUUCAGGAGUGGAGCUGCUCUCUGCUGCACUGAAGACUUCACACUGUAAACUGGAGAUACUCAGAUUGUCUGGUUGUAUGGUCACAGAUCAAGGCUGUAUUUCUCUGGCUUCAGCUCUGAAGUCAAACCCCUCCCACCUGAGAGAGCUUGAUCUGACCUAUAAUCACCCAGGAGAGUCUGGAGUGAAGCUGCUCUCUGAUCUACUAGAAGAUCUACACUGCACACUAGAUACACUUAGGAUGGAUUGUGGAGGGGAAAUCAGGAUCAAGCCAGGUCUGAAGAAAUAUCCCUGUGAUCUCACUCUGGACCCAGACACAGCACACGCACACCUCUCUCUGUCUGAGGGGAACAGAAGGGUGGAGAACGUUGGAGAGGAGCAGCCGUAUCCAGACCAUCCGGGCCGAUUUGAACACCAGCCACAGGUUCUGUGUAGAGAGAGCCUGACUGGACGGUGUUACUGGGAGGCGGAGUGGACGGGGCAGGGGGCUGUUAUAUCAGUGUUGUACAGGGGGAUCCAAAGGAAAGGAGACGGUCUGUUUGGAACUAAUGAGGAAUCCUGGAGCCUGAACUGCUGUAAUAACAGUUACUCUGUCUGUCACAAUAACACGAGGACUGUCGUGCCUGACCCGCCCUCCAGCUCCACUGCAGUAGGGGUGUAUGUGGACUGGCCGGCUGGCGCUCUGUCCUUCUACAGCGUCUCGCUGGACACACAGACACUGACCCAUUUAUACACAUUCAACACUAAAUUCACUGAGCCGCUCUGUGCUGGACUCUGGGUUGGUGAACACUCCUCAGUACGUUUACGUGGCAUAGAAUAGAGUCUGUAGAGUUUACUGUGAGAUACUGCAGAGCUCUCCCUCUCUCUCUCUCUCACUCACUCACUCACUCACUCACUCACUCUGUCUCUGUCUCUCUCUCUCUCUCUCUCUCUCUCUCUCUCUCUCUCUCUCUCUCUCUCUCUCUC